AUGGAGGGGCCACUCCUGCUUGCGCAGCCUGUGCUUCGGUCGGGGACCCACAAGGCCACUGUGUCCUGCGCUCAGAACAAUGGGACUCAGAGUGCACGAAGCGGCUGGGCAGUGCUGAUUCUGGGGGUGCUGCUGGUGCUGGCACUGCUGAAGGCCACCGAGGUCAGUAGGGACCUUGAGGGAUCUGCCAACACAAAGAACCCUGUGCUUCUAGCAAACUCCAGUGCUAAGCCAACAGGGACUACCAGCCACACAACUGGAUCUUCCAAUAACAUUGUGAAACCAUCAACAACUCCAGUUUCUUUAGUCUCAAAGAAUGUGACAGUCACCCUUGACACCCAGAGCAAAACCAUCUACAACUCCAGUUUCCUCGGUCUUAAAGAAUGUGACAGUCACUACCUUGAAAUCCACAGCAACAUCUAAAAUGACACCACCAGGAGUCUCAACAAAUACAACUUUCAUCACCUCAAAGUCUACACCCAAGAUAACAAGUGCUUCACAAAACACGUCCAGGUAACCACAACCCACAAUAGUUCAGUGACAUCUAUUUCUUCAUCAGUAACAAUCACAGCUACUAUUAAUUCUAAAGAAAAUAAAGGAUCGGAGUUUGACUCUGGCAGCUCUGUUGGUGGUAUUGUAUUAACACUGGGAGUUCUAUCUGUUCUUCACACUGGAUGCAAAAUGUAUUAUUCAAGAGGAGGUAUUCGGUAUAGAGCCAUUGAUGGACAUGAUGCCAUCAUUCAAGGAAACCCCAGGACCAGUGGAGAGCGUGACUGAUGCGGCCCUGUCAGUUAACUGGCUGAUUAUUUAAAACAAUAUUCUGUUCUUGAAAAUAAUAUAAGCAGGCAAUGCAUAUAAUAUACAACGCAUUAUAUAAAUAUGUAAAGAUCUGUGAUGAUUACUAAAG